CACAGGCAGCGUUGCCUGGAAAAUGUCUCAAAAAAAAUAAAUUAAAUUAAGUAUAACAUUAAAAUGUAACAUCCGUCGCUCAGUGGAAGUUUGACUGUGAUACAUAUAAAGCCGCACGGCCAGCACAGCCCCCUUGUGGAAGCCCAGUCAGCUGACUUGGCCAACAAGUUGUCCCGGGCUCCCGAGAGUGAAAAGCGGUCAUUUAGGCGUGGACUGGAUGCAGAGAUGGGGGAUGGGGGAUGGGGCAUGCGUGUGUGUGCGUGACAGGCGGAAACUUGUAAUAUUAUAUGCACGCCACAAUUAUGUAAUGAUCAUCUCAUACCUUAAGCCGAGCAAGUGGUGCCUCCUGCCCGGUCGUUUCAUUUGGUCAGCGUUCAUGGUGACGAUGGUGGGUCUCUCCAUAGUGGUCGAGGCCAGGCCCCAGAGGAAUCUGCAGCACAUCGCCGUGGUGGAGAACGCCGCCUGGGAAAAGACCCUUCCUCAGCAGUUUCAGAAUCCCUUCUACAACACUCCCAGGGUGAGGGACGCCCUGGCCAGAUCCAGUUGGUUUGGACCCGGCGAGGAGGUGGUUUAUGACCGCCAGGCUGAGAAAAUUCCGCGCAUGGAAAUCUACAAUGUGCUGUCUCAUGCUGGUUUAAUACCACGUCGUCGUUUCCUUUAAAUUAACAAAUACUUUUAAUAUCGUUUAUCUACUGUAAAAUUAUGAAAAUAAAAGUCAGUCAUUAGUAU